GUUCAUCUUUCGUGUCGUUUCUUUUCAAUCUAUCAUUCUGACGGCCGCAACAUGUCUUUCUUUCACGUCCAGUCUCGUUCUUUGCAUUGCACUCCCUACGACCUACUACUUAGCUUCUUGAUGAAAAGUUUCCACAUCCCCCAGCACCGUUGACAAUUCAGAAGUAGCAUCUGUAGUGGAGCAUUUCCGUAUUAUAUGCAACUGGUAGUGAGUGGCUUUGUAUGAUAAGUAUCACGUUUUCGACACAUAACGAGUAAGUAAUUUUUCGGUUUUCUUUAUUCAAGUUUUUUGGCAUUGACUUGUUGAAUUGGUUAUCGCAGUACCUGGAAUUGUCGAUCAUAUCCUUCAAAAUGCAAAAUCUACAUCAAUGACAAAUAAAAAUGUCGGUACAGCUCGCAGUCCGUACUUCCAGCCUCGGGUUAUGAUCGUCGCGCCCAACAAUCGGGCUACCUCCUGAUUCUAGCGUGUCGGCUACAAAAUAAACCUUCUGCAACUACUCAGCAUUCGGAGAAUUUUUGCCCCGAUCAACUGCCAUGCCGCCGGCGGGAAGCACUACAAGGAAAAGCAAUACUUUCGGUGUAACUUGAAGGUCGAACAAUACUUUGAUUUUGGUCGCCGAGUCGCUUCUCUUGCUCUUCGUGCGCGUCUUUGUUUUGUCCGCGAGUCCUUUCGUGCUGGUUCCAUUCCACUGGGGAAAUAAAAGCUACUGUGAACAAAUAUUCCGAUUAAGUAUCGCAAAAAUGACGUCGAGCGCAGCAAAAAUGGGUUUGGACGCGGUGUAUCUGGACACCAAAACCUUGAUUCUCGUGGAGUGCGUGCUGCUGGCUGUGUGUGAGUUCGCGACCUUCCUUAGCCCCUUCGCGGCAAGGAAACUCAUGCAUUCAGGUACUACUUCGCAAUCCAGCUUGUUAAUAUUGUGUAAAUUUGGUUGAUGUACUUAGUUAGCGCAUUGUCGAGAGCAAUAGGAUUCUUGUGUGUCUAUAAGAUAGUUUUCGAGGAAACACAGACAAACGAAAAAAAUGGCCUCCCCUAACACCGUUGGGUGGAUUGUGUUUGAGCUUGGUGUGCUCUUGGUUGGCGAAUUUAGUUCGCUAUCGAUCUUCCUAUCACGGAAGUUCGUGCAUGCAGGUCUUCUGCGAUUUUACUACUGACGGAACGCCGUUGUAGAUGAAAAACAAGCUGCAUUGUAGGAGGGAGAAGUAGACGCGUGCGUUGUACUUACUAAUUACACGGAAAUUUCCGUCGAUGUAAGUUUACCUUUUUGUUUUUCGAAUGCGAAUCCAAAAAUCCAAAACAGCAUCCGGCUUUAUGAUGCUAUUCCUCGAUCCCUCCGACUGGCUCGCCCGAUACUUCGUGUACUCCGUCGUGGUGUCCUCAUUGUUUAUGGUCUGGUCGCCAGUCGCGCCAAUAAAGUUCCGCUACUCAAGAGACAAGGACGUGGGGAUAACGGUGUACCUGGUACAACUAAAAUGAUCUUCAGCUUUUAAAACGUGCUGGAGUGGAGGCAUUGUAUACAAUUUUGCGCAUGUUGGCCCAACGUGAAAAAGCUUUAUUUCCUAAAAAAGAACCGACUCUUUCAAUUGUUCAAAACAGAUAAUUGUCGGGCUUUUCUUCUACACGCAGACCCCCCUAGCCAUCAUCCGCCCCGUUUUUUUCGCCGAUCCCUGCGGCGCCGUGGUCGGGAAGUGGCUUUCGAGGAACUUUCCGAAGCAGAAUCCGAGCUGGAUCGGCAACAAGACGGUGGGCGGCACUCUCGCGGUUUUUGUCGCGGGGUUUUUCAGUCUCACUUUCGGGAACACGAUACAGAGAAUACUAAUCGCCGCCGCCAUUGCGAUCGCGGAAGGAUUGAGCAAAGACUAUGACAACCUGUUUAUCGCUUUUGUUGUCGUGUGUAGCUAUUUUCUCGUCGUGUAAGGCAAGAAUAGUGUGCAGCACAGUGCUGGCGUGUUUAGAAUGUGUUUUGAUUUUUGCGAGAAUAAAGCUAAGCAUCAAGCAUGAUCGUGCGAAGACAGCUUUGUGUGGUGCAGUUUUUGAGAAGUGUAGCAAUAAU